GCUUGUCAGUAUAAAUUUGAGAGUAUCGCGACGAUGGCUUUCCCUGAGAAAUUUGAAAAUUCUAAUCGAAGUGAAUUGAAAUUAAAUCGGUGUGCUAAGCCUUAUGUGAAAUUAAAAAAUAUUCAAUAAUUUUGUGUGUACAUCUCCAAAGUAGGCAGGAACAACACCACACUAGUGUCUAGCCUCUAAUUUGCAACGCAACGCAAAGCAAAAAUGUGAUUGUGGAAAAAUCAAUUCGUUGGCAGAAUUUGGAAAUUGUGUGUGACAUAUACAAGAAAAAGAAAUACUCCACAAUUCCGCAGCGGCAAAAUCGUGUGUUUUUCAUAAAUCUCCCUAAAAGAAAUAUAUAUGAAAAAGAAGAAAAGAUGUAUAUAUAACUUGCUUCUUAUCAAAUAGAAAAAAGUAUUGAGUUCAAGUGGCUGAAAAAAAGUAAAAGUACACAUAAAAUCUAACAAUUGCAAGCAAUUGUACACCGAAGCAGCACACCAAUACACACGCAACAAAGUGCUAGAUUGUACCAUUGCACCUACAUACCAUACAAAGAAAAGCUGAAUCUACGAGAAUUUUUAAGGAUAGACCAGCACAUAGAAUAAUGGAUUUUGAGCAAAAAACUUGCUGAUUUAAUUCAGUAGGACAUUUCCCAACAACUUAUGAAACAUUGAAAUUUUGCAUUGUUGCAAAAAAGUUAUAGCGUGCAAAAGUCAGCUGAUUUUAUAGAGGAAAAGCAGAUGAUUGAGUCAUUAAAACAGGCGCAAUUAUUCUGCCGGACGUCAUCAAAAGCAACUAUAACAAGAUAUAGGCGGCGACUGGUAUAGGCUGCAGCUGCUGUUAUUUGCUAGUGUACUUGGGUUAGGAGGGUGCAACGGAUAACAGCAAUGACAUCAAGACUUGAUCGUCUGUUCAUUUUAUUGGAAUCGGGUUCAUCGGCCGUAACACGAAAGGCUGCUGCCAAACAAAUUGGUGAAAUUCAAAAGUUAUAUCCUCAAGAGUUGCACACUUUGCUUAAUCGUCUCAUUGGCUAUUUGCAUAGUUCGUCAUGGGACACACGCAUUGCAGCCGCUCAAGCUGUGGAAGCCAUACUCAGCAAUGUGCCCGAAUGGCGGCCCGAAUUGUAUGCAGCGCCAAUAAAGAAGGAAAUCAAAAAGGAGGAGACGGCUGCAGAUGAAGAGAGCAGUUGUCAUUCUAAUGCUUCUUCCACAACAACAGCAACCUCGGUUUCGGUCAAUAGUGAUUUGUACAAGGAGCGUUAUCUAUCAUUUGCCGAAUUCAAUCUAGAGCAAGUGCUAAAGAAGGGAGCCAGGCUUAUAGGCUCAGAGGGUUUGGAAUUUGAUUUUAAUGAAGAAGCCCUAGUGGGGCGUGGGGAGGCCGCUGGCCUAGGCGGAGCGGAUAAUGCCGCCGAGCGUUUGAGUCGCCAAAGAGCUUUGCUAAACGAAAAGUUGGGCUUGACGCAAGCCUCUAAAUUGGGAGUUAAUUUAACAGAUUUAAUUUCCGAUGAAGAUAUGAUGCGUAGUGGCAGCAAUUACAACAUAAAUGAGGAAAAAGUCCCAGUCGAGCAUAUACUCAAUAUCAAGCCCAAUGUGAAUUUGAUGCCCACCAAUGGCCAACAAUUAAGUUGUCGCGAAAUGAAUCGGGCCAAAAGAAAGGCCAGGCAAAAUGCGGCCUCUAUGUCGUCGGCAAGCGGUGUUAUGCCAGCCUCAGCAUCCUGCUCAAAUGGCUCUGCCGAAGAACCGGAAAAGAAGAAACUUAAAACAGCGGGUGAGGGUCAGAGGCAGGAUAUUUUCUACAGUUUGAAUGAUCCUGUGCCCGAUGCCACAGGUUCUUGGAUAGAUGCCACACAUUGGCCUCUGGAGAAUUUUUGUGCCCGCCUUUAUGUGGAUUUGUUUAAUGCCAAAUGGGAGGUGCGUCAUGGAGCCGCAACGGCAUUGAGGGAACUCAUUAACAAGCAGGCAAUGGGAGCUGGGAAAAGUAUGAAUAUGACCAGAGAAGAGAUGCAGCACUAUCAUAACCUAUGGCUAGAGGAUGCUGCACUACGACUACUUUGUGUUCUCUGCCUAGAUCGCUUUGGUGAUUUCAUUUCCGAUCAAGUGGUGGCACCUGUGCGUGAGACUUGUGCCCAAGUUUUGGGAACAAUUGUCAAAGAAAUGGAAGCCAAUAAAGUCCAUGAAAUUGUCUACAUUCUACGCACCCUAUUGAAACAAAGCGAAUGGGAGGUACGCCAUGGUGGUCUAUUGGGCAUGAAAUAUGUGUUUGUAGUACGCGAAGAUUUGCUGCAGAUCUAUCUGCCGCAAACCAUCAAUGAUAUUUUAUUGGGCCUAUUCGAUAGCGUCGAUGAUGUGGGUGCUGUUGCUGCCUCCACCCUUAUACCGGUGGCCACAUGGUUGCCCAAACUGUUAAAUGCCACUCAGGUCUCAUCGAUUGUCAAGAUGUUAUGGGAUUUGCUGCUGGACCAAGAUGAAUUGACUUCAGCCAGUAAUAACUUUAUGGGUCUUCUAUCUGCCAUACUAUGUCUGCCGAAUGCUUCUUCCUGGAUUCAAAUGGAACCCAUGUCUACCUUGAUACCUCGCCUAUGGCCAUUUCUCUCGCACAGCACCAGUUCGGUGCGCAAAUCCACUUUAGUAACUCUACAAACAUUGACCAAGAACACCUUAAACGAAAAGUCCGCUGUAAUACAAGCCGAAACUACGGUCAUAAUGAAAACUCCCAACUCACCAGCGUCCGCUCCCAAUACACAGCUGAGUUUUGAUUCCAAGAGCCUUAGGCUUAAUUUUGGAGUCAUUGAAUGGGAUUGGAAGCUAUUGCAGGAAGCCUUGCGGCAUGUUUAUCAACGUAUUCUAGUCGAGCCUUUGGCUGAAAUUCAAGAAAUGGCCAAAUUAGUGUGGCUUAAUUUAAUAGUAAAUGCCGAUUUGGGAGCUUUGCUGCAUGCCGCCUGCCCAUAUGUAUCCUCAUGGAUUUGUUUGGCCAUGCAACCGCCGCGUUUGGCCUUUGAUCCUUCCAUACUUAUUCAAGCUGCAUCAUCGCAUGCGACAACAACAUUGGAUGGCAAUACCCCAGCGCAACGUAGACGCCAUCAUCGGCUGGCCGAUGAUUUGGGGGGAUCCAACGCUUUGGCAAUACAAAAACUAUAUUUGGGUGGUUCGGAAUCAACACCCAUAGAGGUAAGGGAAAAAAACUAUGUGCGAGCACGUGUGACAGCCUCUCGCGUUUUGGGUUCCCUUUCGCAUUAUCUGGUGCAACCGGCCCCAGGAGUAGUUUAUUCACCAGAGACUGAAAGCAGUCCCAUGGAUUGCUAUGCCAAAGUUUUAUUGGGUCAUUUGAAAUCGCGUUCGGCCGUACAGCGUCUGGUCUGCAGUCUCAUUAUAGCCUUUUGGGCUAAAAGUGACCCUAAGGUAUGCCCUGGUCCCCUGGAAUUGCAAGAAAAAUUGCGUAGUUGCGUCAUGGAAUAUAUUUACUAUGAAGAAGUAGCUGUAUCCCUUACAAGACUGCAUCAAGAGACCCAAGACUUUAUAGCCACUCUAAAACAAUACAAAAUUCCCAUACAUGAUUUUGAUCACGCCAAAGUCUUGAAUUUGGAUCAAAUAGAAGCUGUAGCCACCACACUAACAGCUGAUCUACGCAACCACCCGUUAAAACCGAAGAUUCUGGAAAUGUUGGAGGAUCGACGCAAGGGUCUGCAAAGUGCCUAUCAGCAAACCUCCAGCGAACAAGCCAAAUACAAUAUCAGUACACAAGCUGCCUUGGCGGGAGCCAUAGUAUGCCUGAAAUGUUUGCCCGAAAAGCUGAACCCCGUGGUCAAACCUAUGAUGGAGUCCAUAAAAAGGGAGGAGAGUGUGUUGCUGCAAGAACUGUCAUGUGAAUUUCUAGUGGAAUUUAUGGAUCAAGUUUGUGAUCGAGAACCUAGUCCGAAUAGUAAACUGCUGAACAAUCUGUGUGCCCUACUUAAAAGCGACAAUGAAUUUACACCAAAAAUUGUCGGUGCUCCAGUGGCGCUGUAUAAGACUCCCGCAAUAAAUUCUGCAAGUGACAGCGAUUCCUCGGUUUAUUAUGGCAUUUUAACGCUAAGUUUACAGCAAAAUAUGAAUGCCAAUGGCAGAUCAUCCAGCUCUUCCGGUAAUUCUAGUGGUGCUGGAACACCUAGCACAUCCAGAGGUCCUGGUAGACCUUCGUUAAGUGAAACAUUGGCUGCUGCCGCCGCUGCUGCCCAGGCAGCUGAAGCUGGCACCAAGUCCAUAGCCAAUGAGUUGGAACUAAAAAGAAAUCGCAUACAACGCAUUGGUUCAUCGUGUGCCAUUAUAAAACUAUGCCAACACUUUGGCAAUCAACUAAUGGAGAAAGUUCCCGUCUUCGAACAAUUGAUAUAUAAAAAGAUCAUGCAAUUUAUGGCGGCCUUUCCCAAAACGGAAAUCCUAAGCAAUAUCAUCAUAGAUGUGGGACAAACAAAUGAUUUGAUGACUUCGUUGCAGCUACUGGAAACGGCCGCACCUUACAUCCAUGAUGAUCUGCAUGAGAAAUUGUUUGAACUAUUGCCUGCAUUGGGGAAUCUAAUAGCGCAUCCUUUUAAAGCGGUUCGUCAUAUGGCUGCUCGUUGUGUGGCCACCCUAGCUUCCUUGGAUCCUUGCCGCAUUAUGGAUUUUGUGGUCAAUCAUAUCAUGAUACUAUUGCCGAAAGUCGAAAAUGUCAUUGAACGUCAGGGUGCCAUUGAAACCAUUGAACGUGUUGUGGAAAAGCUACAAAUCAAAAUCGUUCCCUAUAUAGUGUUGUUGGUGGUACCGCUUUUAGGCGCCAUGAGUGAUACCAAUGAAAGUGUGCGUUUACUGUCCACCCAUUGCUUUGCCACGCUCAUUCAAUUGAUGCCAUUGGACUCUGUAGCCCAAGGCAAUGGGAUAAAGCAUGAAAUUAAGUCGGCUGAUUUACAAGCUCGCAAAACCAGAGAUCGAGAAUUUUUGGAUUACCUUUUUCAACCAAAGACCAUACCCGAUUACAGGGUGCCAGUGCAGAUAAAUGUGGAAUUAAGAUCCUAUCAGCAGGCGGGCAUAAAUUGGCUAUGGUUUCUUAACAAAUACAAUCUGCAUGGCAUACUGUGCGAUGACAUGGGUUUGGGUAAAACCCUACAAACGAUUUGCAUAUUGGCCGGUGAUCAUUAUCAGCGUUAUGUGGACAAAGCAACGCCAUUGCCCAGUUUAGUCAUAUGUCCUCCCACCUUGACCGGCCAUUGGGUCUAUGAGGUUGAGAAGUUUCUAAAAGAUCCAAAAAUUCUCAUACCGCUGCAUUAUGUGGGUUUGCCUGUUUGCAGGGAAAAGUUGCGUUCUUUGAUUGGCACAAAAUCGAAUCUGGUGGUGGCCUCCUACGAUACCAUACGCAAAGACAUAGACUUCUUUAGCAGCGUACACUGGAACUACUGUGUAUUGGAUGAGGGUCAUAUUAUUAAGAAUGGCAAAACAAAGAGUUCCAAAGCCAUAAAAAUGCUUAAGGCCAAUCAUCGCCUUAUACUGUCAGGAACACCCAUACAAAAUAACGUCUUGGAGUUGUGGUCCCUAUUCGAUUUUCUCAUGCCCGGCUUCCUGGGCACAGAAAAACAAUUUGUGGCCCGCUAUUCUCGUCCCAUAUUUGCUUCACGUGAUGCCAAAAGCUCACCCAAAGAACAAGAGGCGGGAGUCUUGGCCAUGGAGGCUUUACAUCGUCAAGUUUUGCCAUUCCUUUUGCGUCGUGUGAAAGAGGAUGUGCUAAAGGAUUUGCCACCAAAAAUUACCCAAGAUUUGCUGUGCGAAUUGAGCCCGCUACAGGAGAGGCUGUAUGAGGACUUCAGUCGGGCUCAUCUUAAUCCAGAAAUAAAAGACUGUCUCGAGAAUGGGGGAGAUUUCAAUACAAAAACCCACAUAUUCCACGCUUUGCGCUAUUUACAAAAUGUCUGUAAUCAUCCAAAACUAGUCUUGAUACCAAAGCAUCCUGAAUAUUUACGGAUAACACAAGAAUUGCAACUACAACAAAGUUCACUCAAUGACAUUGAACAUUCGGCUAAAUUACCAGCUUUAAAACAACUUUUACUGGACUGCGGCAUUGGUGUUCAGACCGAGUCUGUUUCCCAGCAUCGCGCCUUAAUCUUCUGCCAGUUGAAAGCCAUGUUGGACAUUGUGGAAAAGGAUUUGUUGAAGAAACAUUUGCCUACGGCCACAUAUUUGCGUUUGGAUGGCAGUGUACCAGCCUCCAUGCGUCAAGAUAUUGUAAACAAUUUUAAUACAGAUCCCAGCAUAGAUGUUUUGCUGUUGACCACCCAGGUUGGUGGCUUGGGUCUGAACCUUACAGGCGCUGAUACCGUCAUCUUUGUGGAACACGAUUGGAAUCCCAUGAAAGAUCUGCAAGCCAUGGAUCGUGCCCACCGCAUUGGCCAAAGGAAGGUGGUUAAUGUCUAUCGUCUUAUAACUCGCAAGUCUCUCGAAGAGAAAAUCAUGUGUUUGCAAAAGUUUAAGAUGCUCACCGCCAAUACUGUGGUCAGCUCUGAAAAUGCCAGCCUCGACACCAUGGGCACUGGUCAAAUUUUCGAUUUGUUCAACUUGAAUGAACGCAACAAAGCCAACGAAAGUAAAAAGACCACCGCUUCAACUUCGUCUUCUGCAACGGGGCAAUUUAGCAUGAAUGCCAUCAUUGAAAAUCUUCCCGAGCUAUGGUCUGAACACCAAUACGAUGAGGAGUAUGAUAUGUCGAAUUUUGUACAAGCUCUCAAAAAAUAACAUCGCUUUGCUAUUGCAUCACAGCCCAUCGUAGAGUUGUUUACAUAGCGUUUUGUUUUAUUAUUAUUUUUUCUAUUGAAAAACUAUUUUUUUUUUCGAUUUUUACCAGUUUAUUUUUGUAAUAUACAAACGUACGUAUAAUAAAUAGUUUUUAAGCAUCGAGUAGAAUUCUUUUUGAAACUUGUUUAAGAAUGGCUUUACCUUUUGCUGUAUACCGUCACCCGCCAAAUAAUAAAGAAAACUUUCGUAAAGAAAAAUAA